AUGAGCCAAGAGCAAAAAGAAAAGUUGGAGAAAAGUGGACUCGUCGAAUGGUCGGUCUUCUCUGAAUUGGUGGCCAUGGAUGAAGAUGAGGAAGAAUUCUCAAAAGGAUUAUGUCAAACAUUCGUAAACCAAUUCAAGGAAACCGCACAAGAAAUUGACGAUAACUUGAAAUCGAAGAACUUAGAAAAGUUGUCAUCCUUGGGACACUACCUAAAAGGAUCAGCUGCUGCAUUAGGCUUGAAGUCAAUCUCUACCCAGUGUGAACGCAUUCAAAACUAUGGUCAUCGCGUGAACUUUGACAAUUUCAAACCCGAAAAGGAUGUUGACGAAGAAACGGAUGAGUUUUGGAUAACUUUGAUCCAAGAUGCCGUUAAUAAAGCAAAGAGUGGCUUUGAAGAGUCUAAGGCAGCCCUAGAUGAAUACUUCGAGGACGAAUUAUAA